CGCUCAAGACGACGAGCUGUCUGAUCAAUUAGAAAGAUUCUCUCUUUCCGAAAACGAAGCAAAAUUCAUAGACAUUGCUCACACAGACAUCACUCUCAGUGCUGAAGAAUGUAGCAGGAGUCUUUUUGGGAAAAUUAUUGGAGAUCGCGCUGCGAGUUGGAUUGGCGUCAAGAGAACAAUGUCCAAUAUUUGGCGGCUCAAUCAAUCGAUGGAGAUUAAAGAACUCAGCCCAAAUUAUUUUCAGUUUAUCUUCCAAUGUAAAGAAGACCUACAGAAAGUCUCAGCUGGUAUUCACUGGAGCUUUGAAAACCAAUAUCUUGUCCUCAAGGAAUGGAGAACAGGGAUAUCAAGUAAGCACUCUUGUUUCAAUGAACUGAAUAUUUGGGUUCAAGUCACUAAUGUACCCUUAAAUUGGUUAAGCACUGAAGUGGGAUUGAAAAUUGGCAAAGCUUUCAAACAUGUUAAGAAUGUAGUUUUAGCCAAUGCUGGGAAUCAUGGAGGGAAAAUUAUGAAACUGCUAGUUACCCUUAACCUAGAAGAACCAUUGCCAAGGGUUGCCAGCAUAAGGUUGGGAGAGCAAGCGGUCAAAGUGGGAUUUAAAUAUGAAAAACUGUUAAACCUUUGUCAUUACUGUGGCAAGAUUGGACAUCUCGAUAGAACUUGCUCUAAGAGAUUUACGGACAUCAACAAUAACUCUUUGAAGGAAGGUCAAUAUGGGGACUUUAUGAAAGCUCAUGACACUCAGAGAUGGUUUGAACAUCAUAAUUCAGGCUCUAGAGGCUCUCCCCAGCCAGACUCUCCUGCCCCAAGUGACCAAGGAUCACCACCACGUACUCAAUCCCAACAGGCCGAGACUAGCCAGCAGAUCAUCAUAAUGCCACAAAGUUCACCUUCUAAAUCAGCAGAAAAAGCCCAAGACUCUUGCACAUCUGCAACUCCUGCCCUCACUCACCAAAAAUCCAUGAUAGAAGCCCCAUUGCAAAUAGUUGAAGCUGGGAAAGAUAUGGAAGUUGAUGCAAGGUUGCUUCCUGAAUCAGCAGAGUUCAUAGUCCACAAUAACUUGAUCUCAUCCUCAACUCAGAAUCUGAAAACUUGGAGAAGAGACAGAAGCAAAGAUGGAAGGUUGCUCAGAAAUUCUAUU